CCUCCAGCCUGGAGCGCAUGCAUGUUCAGUCCACUCCAAUGGUGUGAAGCCCAGAUGAGGGACUCAGACGUCCGGGAAUGACAGCCGCUGUCACCGGGAGUGACAGCUUUCACUAUAAGCUUCUCCUCUAAAAACCUCCAGCUGACAACCAACACUGAUCCGGUUCGGAUCCUGCCAGACAAGGACUAUGCCAGAGAUGGAGAAAGGGAGACCACCGGAAAAUAAACGCAGCAGGAAACCUGCGCACCCCGUGAAAAGGGAGAUCAACCAGGAGAUGAAGACGUUUGCAGAAAGCACCAUGAACGAGCUCCUGGGAUGGUACGGCUAUGACAAGGUGGACCUCAGAGACUCGGAGGCCAACGAGAUCAGAAACUACAGAGAGAGGCGUCAGCAUGUGUCUGUGCUAAAAGAGAACUCAGUGCCAAAAUCCAAGAGCGUGGACACCAAAGUCAGUCACUCGGUACUCGCCAUGAAGAGUGGAGAGAGAGAGUCCUCCAGUGUCCCCUCCUCUUCAUCCUCCUCUUCCUCAACAUGCUCGUCCCUCACCACUUCCAACGAGCACAAGAGUGCCCCUGUCAUUGUCCCCCUCAUAAAGCCAUCAGCAGUUGAAGAUGUACAGAAUGUGCAGAUAGUGUGUGUUUGGUGCCAGAAGGAAGGGGUAAAGCGCUACUCUCUAUGCAUGGGUUCAGAGCUCAAAAGCUUCUGCAGUGAGAAGUGUUUUGCCGCCUGCAGGCGCGCUUACUUCAAACGCAAUAAGGCCAGAGAUGAAGACCUCCACGGUGAAAGAUCCCCUCAGCACCCCCAUACAGAGGACUCGCCCAGACUGGUGUUGAAGAUAAACAGCAAUGUCAGAGUGUGCGAUUGGUGCAAGCAUGUUCGUCACACUAAAGAAUACCUGGACUUCGGAUCUGGAGAAGAACGACUCCAGUUCUGCAGCACUAAGUGUCUGAAUCAGUACAAGAUGGACGUUUUUUACCGAGAAGCCCGUGCAGCUCUCACCAGCUCCAGCCCAAACAGAACCAGCCAGGAGGGGAGGGCGGACACCAUUGGGGCCGGGCAAAAGCUACUCACUCCUGAGUCUUGGAGCAGCAUCAGCAGCGCAGGGGAUCCCCGUCAUAGGAACCUUUCUCCUAGAGGGCCUACGGCAAUCCAUGGAUCAGCAGAAUCCAUGUCCCCCUCAGAAGCAUCCUUUUCUAAUUCAAAGCUCCCUGUCUCUGGACUGAAGAACCUGGAGAGACCUAUCCUGUCUGCUCCCCCUGCCGUGGAUAUGUCCCCCCGCCCUGCUAACCUUCAUCCUGCGCAUCAUCCUCAUCCUCUUUUGGAACACCAGCCUUUACCUCAAAUCCCCAUGCCCUUCAUCAGACCUCCUCUUCAUGCCCAGGGCCUGAAAAGCCCCCUUGGCAACCCUUCCAGGCACCCAGGCCCACCUUCAAGCCCCAUCUACAGACCUCCUCACUCUCCUCACAUGCAGCCCCCGAACUCUUCCAUGAAUCCACCUAUGAUGCAUCCCUUCCCAGGCGCCUACUUCCCUGGCUUGCACUCCCCUCCUCUGAACAUGAUGCAAAGAGGUCCAGUCCCAAUGCAUCACAUGAUGAACUAUGGUAUUCCUUCCUUUAGCCCUCUUCUGCCCCACCCCACUAUCCUGGUGCCUUAUCCAAUUAUUGUCCCCCUACCUAUCCCCAUACCCAUUCCUAUCCCUUUUCCUUUCCCUACUAAGGCAAACGUAGAAACUCCAAGUCACAGUGGUGUUAUUCAGCCUGUGCCAGAGGGGGUAGACAGAGGUAAAUCUAGGGCUACCAGGCCGCCAUCUCCAGGGGUCCCUGAAGGGGAGAGCAGAUUUGUAGCCAACAAAUGGGGUGCGACUAUGAGUCAAGGUCUCCCCUCACCAAGUCAUCCCAACACGGAUUGGGUUAAAUCAGAGAGGCCAUUCCCUUCUCCGACAUCCACCCCUCACAGUGGAGCAUCCUCCCCCCGAGCACAGUACAAUGAAUCCCCCUACUCAGCAUCAGGGUCGGAGGGGCUGACAGACUUUAAGCAGCAGCAGCAGUCGGAGCGACAGGUUAUCCAAAGGGUUCUCCAAAGGACCCAGGUUAAGCCAAGUGCCAAUGGAGUAGUGGACCUGUCGGGGCUGCGAGAGUCAGGAACUGGGCAGGGUCCCAGAUCAGGGCUCCAAGAGGUCAUCAGACCCACCCCUCCUCUACCACAGUCCCCACCACAUGACACUCUCUACCAUCUCCAGGACUCCCACACACCUUUACACAACCCAACCAGCCCAACAGGGAGCGGCCAUCUUUACGAUGCCACAUCCUCUGCUCUGAAAUCUCAGGACCACAGUCCAAACGGGAUGUCCUACUCAUCCCCACCCGCCAGUCCAGACUCCCCCCUUCCCCUGAGAGUACCAGCACCACCCCCUGACCCUGCGCUCAGUGAGCUGGAGGCCAUCAAGGAGAACAAGUGCUCUGUUAUUGGCCCAGUGCGAGUUGAGGGGCCAGUCAGUCAGUCAGAAGAGCCUUUAGCAGUAGUCGGGGAGGUAGGAGAUGACCCCCAUGUUCCUGAUGAGGACCAUGCCUAUGCCCUGCCCACAGCGCCAAAGACAGGUGGGACCACCACCCCUCUGCUCUUGCCCAAACUCAGGGACAAGGGUUGCCUGCGGAGCCCUGCUAAUACGGCCAGUGCUGGAGACAUGGAGCCAGCUGUGAAGAGGCGAUGCCUACGAAUCCGCGAUCAGAAUAAGUAGAGGAUGGAGACUCCCUGUUUAACACUGUAUGGCGGUGCCAGAUUCAGUGCCACGCCCUCUUGUGGACAACGCCAGUGUUCACACCCUCCAGCCUGUCCCUCAGCCUGUCAGCCCACCAGAGUGUUGCUCUGCCUGUAGACCAGCAGGGUGCCAACACAGGAAGCAGUCCAGAUGGCCAUAUUAUCACAAGUCAACGUGAGGGAAGAACACAACACAGUCACACGUUUUGUCUUGGACCAAAGAGUAUUGCUGGAGUGUUAUGUUGUGUUCAGUGAGCCCUUGAAAUGGAGCAUCUCAGAUCUUCUCCCAGUCUGACAUUGCCCUGAAGUGUGUCUGUGUGUGUGUUUGUGUGUGUUAGUGUGGCUGCCCAGAUGCGCUCCUCCUCCUACUCCUCCUCCUCCUCCUCUCCUUGCUCCAUGCAGCAGACAGGGCUCUGAUCAGCCUUGUGUGGUCUUCUCAGAUGGAGCCUGAACAUGAUCUCUUUCCAGGGGAAACGGUUUGUUUUCCUUGCCCGGCUUGCACAAAGAGCCACAUUGUUCCUCUCCCCAUAUCCCACGCUGACUCCCCACUCCAGGUUUUGGGUUACCUGGCCGACAGGGGCUCAGACUUCAGGAGCUUUUUUAUUUUUUUGACCGACAGCCAGGAAUAUAGUAUACCCUUUUCCCCUCUACCUCACCGCCCAAUCUAAAUAUGGUACACAGUAACCCACUGGUUCUGAAGCUGAUCCCUCACAACCGAUUGCCUGUGAUUACUCUGAGACCAUUUCUGGUGAGAUUAGGUCUUUAUUGGGCAGUUUAUAUACUGCCGGGAGAGAGCCUGGCUCUGAAGGGAAAUGAUUCUCCCUCUGCCACCUAUAAAACAAGGUGAAAACUUCAUUGAAAAUAUGAGUGGACACCUACUAGUUGAGAAGGUCUGUAAACACUUAAAAGAUAACGCUGGUCCCUCAGCUUUCACAUGAUCUGCCAAAGAUUUGAUAGCAAAUCAGAAAUUGAAUAUGUUUUAGCAUCAUGUCAGGCACAAGACAGUUUACCUGAUUCAAAUUUGUUUUAAUGUCCCUCGAUCUGAUCAUAAAUUCUUGAAAUCAGACUGGUAGUAAAAGAAAAGUAAUAUUACACUCAACCGUCAAAUGCUGUAAUACGCAGCAAUCAGUAUUAGUUUCCUUUGCUAUACCGGAUACCUGAUGAGAGAUGAUCCUGAUUAGAUUACUUUGACACUUUUUCAACACUUGUCCCAUUGUAAGAUUUUCUUGUUGUACUCCACACAGAUACUAUAUGAUGUUAUAUUAAUUUAUGGAUGAUGCAUCUGUAGAUUUUCACAACAAAGUGCUUUAUUUCUUCCUUUGUUUUGUUUUUUCUGUAAUUAUUGUCUUUAUGUUUAUAUACUGCAUCCCCACUAGAGAGCAGUGUUUGCCUUUGUAACUUUGCACCUGCCCUUAGUUGAGAAAGCACCAGAAGGCCCAAAGGCAGCCUGCUGAAACCCAUAUGAGUACACAGAACAUAACACUGCUCUCAGUGCCAGCGGAUAUGCAAUGCCAAGUCAAUCGCUUUUCAUCAACAUCUCGCUGCCAUUAUUUUUUCCUUACAUCAAUUACAGCAGUGUCAAAAGGACCCAGGCUGCCCUUCAAGGCCUCUUUUUAAUGAAGAGUUCAUCUGCCCCUGGGAUAAGUAGUCAUCAUUACCAACUCCUAGAAUAACUCCAAAUGUGACCCACCCCUGCCAUCAUUCCAAAACGAAAUGCCUAUCGGUUAAUGUUUGUGUGAGUGUGUGUGUGUAUGUGUGUGCGCGUGUGUGUGACACAUCUCUCCCCACUCAUUCCAGCCUACAUCUUCAUCACAGGUCAUGCCAUUAUGUUAGUGUCAUCCUCGGCUGGCCAGGGGACUUUGUCAGUGAUGACAUCACUCCAUGCAAAUAGCUGGGGUGUCAACAAGUAGUCCUCUGCUCUGACGCCAGAGGCCUAAAAAGACAUUGUUAAAGACUGCCAUUGUUGGUUCUAUUGCACAUUUUAAUCAUUGCCAUUUCUGACCUGAUACAGUGUGUGUGUUAAUCCAAUGUUUGGACAAAAAAAAUACUUUUGUGUCAGAAAUGAUAUUGCUGUUGUUGCCUGAAAUGCAUUGGUACUUUCUGACCUCCCCUAUCAAACAUUUAGCCCACUGUCUGAAUAGCUUAUUCACAGAUUGUUUGUAUUUGAAUAUAGAUUCAGUAACCAAGAGCUUUGGUGAAGACCUCUUUGUAAAGUAAAAUAAAUAAAAGUUAUUCUAAGA